AUGAAAUUAGAAAGUGAUCAUAAUGAUAGUAGCAACUCAUCAGACACUUUUGAAAAAUUAAAAGAAGCACAAACCAAGCUAGAAGAAAUUAGGAAAGAAUAUAUUAAAGGUUUAUUUGCUAGAACUAAACUUAAAUGGAUAGAGUAUGGAGAGAAGCCUACUAAAUAUUUUCUAAGUCUGGAGAAAAGAAAUUAUAUUAAUAAAACUGUGAACAAGCUUGUUACUGCUAAUGGUGUUGUCACCGGCCAGUCAGAUAUUCUAUCUGAAAUUGAAAGAUUUUAUAAGGCAUUAUAUUCAUGUGGGGACAAUAAUUUAUACGAUGUGGAGUUGGAAAGCAUCAUUAGUACUGAACAUAUUAAUGUAUUGGAUAGCAAUGCCGCUAAAGAACUUGAAGGUUUAAUUUCAAAAGAGGAAGCCCUUUUAGCACUUAAAAAUAUGAAGAAUAAUAAAAGUCCAGGAAGUGAUGGAUUUACUGUUGAAUUUUACAAAUUUUUCUGGAAAGAUUUAGGAAUUUUUCUAAUCAGAUCUCUUAAUUAUGGAUUUUUAUCUGGGGAAUUAUCCUUGACCCAGAAACAAGAAAACAUUGCCUUUGGCAAACCAGCCUGGCAGGACAAUCCCUUUUCAACUCAUUCAGGAAAAUCUGAUUAUAUAUCAGAGAAUGCGGUGGAUGGUAGAAAAACAGACUUUUCCGGAAAACAAUGCGCUGUUUCUCAAGGUAGAAAAAAUAAUGCAACUUGGCGAGUCGAUCUUGGAGCCAUUCGUGGUAUAGACCACAUUCGUAUCUACUACAGGACAGGUGGAGCUGCGUGGGAUAACGGGAACGGACAUGCCAGUCGGUUUCUGGGAUUUUCUGUGUAUAUAUCCAACACAACUGAGAAGAGUGAUGGAGUUUUAUGUUUUAAAGACGCUACUUUUACAAAAGCGACCAUACCCGCUGUUGUAACACUGAACUGUACUCAUUACGGCCGAUAUGUGAUUUACUACAAUGAACGAAAACCAACAGACCCUCCUUACUACUCUCAGUUUGCGCAUGUCGAGCUGUGUGAAUUCGAAGUAUAUGGUUGUUCAUCGCCUGAAUACUUUGGUGAAAAAUGCUCAAGAUGUCCAUCAAACUGCCUUGACAAUCGAUGCCACAUAGCAUCUGGUCACUGUUUUAUAUGUGAUGAUGGCUACCAAGGAAAUGAAUGCGAGCAACCAUGUCAAAACAGCACAUAUGGACGUCAAUGUUCGAAAGUAUGUGGAAAAUGUCGAGAUGGACAACAAUGUGACCAUACAAGUGGAAUUUGUUACAUGGGCUGUGAUCUUGGAUAUUUUGGAAGCACCUGCCAUCAAGAAUCUGCAAUUAGAGUGUCCAGUGGGAAGAUUUGGAGUAAAUUGCAAGACCGAGUGCAGUGUUAAUUGUGGGUUACCUGGCACCUGUGAUGGCGUGACCGGACAAUGUAUUGGGGAUUGUCAGAAAGGAUGGACUGGUGGGACGUGUGACAAACGCG